AUGCAGAGCCGUCGUGAUGACGCACAGGAUGGUCAUGAUGACGCGCAGGAUGGUCAUUAUGACGCACAGGAUGGUCAUCAUGACGCACAGGGUUAUCAUGAUGACGCACGUGGUCAUGCUGACGGCACACAGGGUGAUGAUGAUAGCUCACAGAACGAUCAUGAUGGCUCGCAUGGCUCACAGGAUCAUGACACUCAUGGCGCAUAUCUUGGUCACGAGGAGUCGGAUUACAUUCACGGAGAACUGUCGCAUCAGCGAGAGCACCAAGCAGACGGCGCGCAUCAGGAGCGGCAUCUGAAGCCGCAUCAAAAGCAUGGGAAGCAUCAGGAGCACGGAACGCAUGAAAGGCAUCACCAUCACGUACAUCACAAGCAUCAGAAACAUCAGAAGCAGCACCAGAAGCAUCAGAAGCUGGAAGUUCCGGAAGCUCCACCGAUGCAGCAGCAUGCACAGCUGCUUGCCCCUGCUCCCUCCAUGACCAAUGCUGCUAGUACUGCUACCACUACCACUGCUACUGACACAUCAUCCUUUCAUGCAGCCGCCCCUCCUGAGAGAAACCCCAUGCGGACAGACAAAGACACUCCAAGCGGCUCCUCUGCCCUUUUCAACCCGCACGUGCACGCCAUCCGCUACACGGGCGUGCGCAGCCGCGGCAGCAACCGUUGGAUCGCGGAGAUCAAGGACAACCAGCGCGGCGUGCGCAAGUGGCUGGGGACCUUCUCCUGCCCCGUGCAGGCCGCGCACGCCUUCGACGCCGCCGCCCGUGCCGUCAGAGGCCCCAACGCGCGGACGAAUUUCCGUGUGGGGGAGACAGUAGGUGUGCCGGGGACCGGGGGGAGCAGGUCUAGGCGAUGGAAGAAGGUAGCUGCGGAUAGUAAGGCGGCUGCUCUGACCGCUGCUGCUGCUCUGGAGGCGGAGGCUCAGGCGGGCGGGUCGGAGGAUGGUGGGGUGGUGGUUGGAGGGGAAGCUGCUGCGGCGUUUGCUGGUGUGAGUCCUGGCGUUGCUGGUGGUGCUUGGUCUCUGGGUGGUGCUGCUGGAGGGACUGGGUUCUCUGGUAAUGCAUCCCAAGGCAAUGCUGCGUAUGCGCCCCGUGGGAGUGCAUUGCACGGCAAUGCAUCGCAAGGCCGUGCGUCGGAGGAGUCCCCUCGGGAGUCGCCUCGGGAGCGGUGGGCGUUUGACUUGGAGGCCGUGCCUUCUUGUGAUGAUGGCGACGACAAUGCAGCAGCAGCAGCAGCAGCAGCAGCAGCAGCAGCAGCAGCAGCAGCAGCAGCAGCAGCAGCAGCACCAGCGGCAGCGGCUGCGGUGGUGGUGGACUUGGUACCUCUACUGCGCGGCUGGAAACCCAAGUUCCACGUGCUCGGGCUGUCAAGCAAAGAGCUGUCACAUCUCCCUUCCACCCAAAGCAUCGCGUAUCACCUCAUCCCCACCCACCAUCUCUCGCCCACCCAUCACCUCUCGCCCACCCAUCACCUCUCGCCCACCCAUCACCUCUCGCCCAUCCAUCACCUCUCGCCCACCCAUCACCUCUCGCCCACCCAUCACCUCUCGCCCAUCCAUCACCUCUCGCCCACCCAUCACCUCUCGCCCACCCAUCACCUCUCGCCCAUCCAUCACCUCUCGCCCACCCAUCACCUCUCGCCCACCCAUCACCUCUCGCCCAUCCAUCACCUCUCGCCCACCCAUCACCUCUCGCCCAUCCAUCACCUCUCGCCCACCCAUCACCUCUCGCCCAUCCAUCACCUCUCGCCCACCCAUCACCUCUCGCCCAUCCAUCACCUCUCGCCCACCCAUCACCUCUCGCCCACCCAUCACCUCUCGCCCACCCAUCAUCUCUCGCCCAUCCAUCACCUCUCGCCCACCCAUCACCUCUCGCCCACCCAUCACCUCUCGCCCACCCAUCACCGCUCCCCGACCCAUCUCCUCACCAGCAUCGUCUCAGCUUUGACUAGCAGCUCUGGCACCGUCGUGCAGGCACCCUGCAAGGGCGGUGGUGCUGGCGUGGCACAGACAGACAGCAAGAGCGGUGCCGCGCUCAUGGCUCAGCCUCCCUGCGAGAGCACUGCUGGCAUGGCGCAGGCACACACCAAGGGCAGCGGCAGUGGCGCCAUGGCACACGCACUCAGCAUGGGCACUGCUCGGCACACCCUGGCCUCGGUUCCUCCUCGCUUCCCUUUUCCCCCGCCGCCUCCUCCUGCUCGAUCCUUCCCCCCACCUCCGACCCUGCCUCCUCCCCCUCCAUUCCCACCCCCUCUUUCCAUGCCUCCCCCUCCUCCGUUCUCCCCUCCUCUUUCCUUGCCUCCUUUUCUCCUGCCUUCUCCUCCUCAUCUACCUCUUUCUAAUCCCAUGCCUCCUGCUCCCACCGUGCCUACUCCUUCUCCCGUGCCGCCGCCGCCCCAGCCUCCUUCUCCUGCCACGUCCUCUGUGCAUGGUCGGGUGGGCGGGGGUCCUGAGCCUGGCAGGGAAGGGAACGCGGGAACUGGGGAGCGGUUGGGUAAUAGGCCUGGGGGUUUGGGUUCUUCUCCUGGGCGUGGCUCGGUGAGAGGGGAGUGUGGGCUGGAAGGAGGAGUGGCAGGUGUGGUUUCUGGAGGGAUUGGGCUUGUGGGAGGGGUGGGUAGUCGGGGAGGGGGCAUGGGGACGGAGGCGGUGGCUGCUGCAGCGCUCAGCAGCAGCAACAGCAACAUAGCAGCAGCAGCAGCAGCAGCAGCAGCAGCAGCAGCAGCAGCAGCAGCAGCAGCAGCAGCAGCAGCAGCAGCAGCAGCAGCAGCAGCAGCAGCAGCAGCAGCAGCAGCAGCAGCGACAUAUGCACCAGCAGCUGCUGCAGCAGCAACGUUUGCACCAGCAGCAGCAGCAGCAGCAGCAGCAGCAGCAACAACAACAGCAACAGCAGUGGGAGCAGCAGCUUCAGGGGCGGCUGUGGAGGCAGGAGCAGCGGAGGCGGCAUCAGCAGCAGCAGCAGCAGCAGCAGCAGCAGCAACAGCAGCAGCAGCAGCAGCAGCAGCAACAGCAGCAGCAGCAGCAGCAGCAGCAACAGCAACAGCAGCGGCAGCAGCAGCAGCAGCAACAACAAAGGCAAGCACACGUGACGCAGCCAAAGCAGGAACCAGAGGAGGAUGA